AGUCGUCAUCGUCGUCACCAUCACCCCACAAAGCAAUUUCACAAUUGACGCUCUACAUUACCAAUCCAUUACCAAUCCAAUAUGUUUAGUUGAGAGAGAGAAAGAGCCAAAAUUUUCUCAGAAUUUUCCGAGAUUUUGCGACAGGAAAUGAGAUAAAUAAGUAUAUUAUGUUGUUCGAUUGUCCUCCUUUGACGAGGAAGCUGCGUUACGUGCAUAAGAUUUAACAACCCCUUCUUAAAAUAGAUAGUUAACAACAAGAAAUAACUCACUCUCCUCCAUUCCAGUUCGACCCAAAGUUAAUAACUUUUCUAUAAAUUAAAAUAAUAAUCCUAUAAAAAAGCAAACUAAAUCCUCAGAGUGCCAUUUCUACUAAAAAAUUCCCUCUAAACAAGCUAAAAACACAAAAUAUUGCAAUAAUUCGGGCUCGUUUAAAGCAUUUUUACCCACUGCUACCACACGACUGCAGAUAUUACCCACAAAAGUAGCGUGUGAUCCCAGUGGAGCAGAACUCUUAUUAAUAAUACGCGUUGAUUAACCUCUAUUGCUCUUAAGCGAAUAAAUAAAACAAUGGACAUAUUAUGAGAGUGCUCCAUUAUAUUAACAUCUCAUCAAAAUUCUCAUAGGAUGUGUGACUCACAUUUAAGUCAGUUAUCAAAAACGUCUCUCCGAAGAAAGUUCUAGAUCAAAGGACACAUUGUGUUACAGUGAAUCAAGUUAACGAAUAAGAUUUGGAGUUUGGAACAAUGGACGCUCAUUGUAGAAUACGGUCUUGACACGAGAAGACGACGCUGUUAUUUUUUUUAAACAAACGAAACGAGAGACGAAAGUGAACAAGAAUAAUAAGAGAAGAAGAAGGAGCGUGGAAAACCUUUCCGACUGAUUCAAGACUGAUAUAUUUGAAGAAAAAUAUAAUUUUGCCACAACAGAAGCUAUAAAAACUUAUACAUCCGUCCAUUCAGAAAGUGAAAUUUGUACGAGAAAAAAAGAAGGAAAAAAUCUUGCUAAACAAAAAUCGGCAAUAAAUCGAUUGAGAAUCUUGAUUGAGAAUCUUCCCAAACCACUUGUACUCUCAGGACUUUGCUGCAAGCAAAGAACAUCACAAAACGCUGCAGGCAAGGCAAUCAUCGCUUCCCCGAAUAAGGAAACAAGAUUGCGUCUCAAAAUAAAAUGCCGCUCAACAUCGCCUCCGUCCUCAGCUUCAUCCCCACAAAUUUGUGGCGACAGCUGAAAAAAUUUGUCACUCGGGACACCCUCAUCGUAUUCGAUGUACCCUUCAAGCUCUCAACAAAAUACACCCCCGCACUGCUCGUCGUCAUGAUGUGUCUCUCGUUCGCCAAUCAGUUUGUGCGCAACAUCGAAAUUGAUUGUAGCUACGGAGGGAGUACAGGGGCACAAACGAGGGGGGGAGGAGGCUACGGUGGACAACAGGCCGGAGGUGAUACGGAACUGAACGACUUUUGCUGGAAUCAUGACACUUUUCUCGUGGCAAAAGCAUUACAACCCGCGAUGCGUGGACUCGUCACAUACCCGGGAGUUAGUGGAUACGACCGUGGAAAAGAUCAGAUUAUCCGACAAAGAUAUUAUAAACAAGUCUGGCUCAUUCUGGGAAAAAUCGCAAUUCUCGCAUUUCUUCCCUACUUUUUAUGGAAGUUGCGAGGAGCCGAGAAGAUGCGCAGCUUAAUCGACGUAAUGGAGACGGACGAGAAUACCGAGGACGAAGUGAGGGUCACUUACUUUCUCGAGACGCUCGGUUUCAAUGAAGGAUUUGCCCUUUACUACCUGGCAUGCAAAAUGUUGGCUGGAAUAACGCCUAUUUUGACCUGGGUCUACCUCACUGGGUUUAUGGGAAGGACAUAUAAAGUUUACGGAUGGGAUGUCUUGACACAUUUUAUGGACGAAGGAGACAACUGGCCGAAUCCUAUGGAUUCUCUGUUCCCGAAAAUGGCCAAGUGCGAAUGGGCCCGUUACGGUCAUGGAGGUGAUGUUGAAGUAAAAUCUGCACAAUGUCAGCUUCCAAUGAACAACCUCACCCAGUGGUCAUUUUUCUUGUUUUGGUGGUGGAGCAUUGUGGUCUUGGUGGUCAACAUGAUCUCUUGCAUUCGACUCCUCUUGUUGUGGAUGUGCCGACCCUACAGGACCAUCCAGUACAGGAGCUUUGUGCACAAGGCGUGUCGUCAGGAUGUGGAGAAAGCCAGAACUUACACUGUUCAUACAAUUGGAGGUCAAUUUCUUCAAAGGCGAUACAGGAAAAGUGACAUUGUAAUGGUCCAACUUUCAUUUGGCGAUUGGCUCGUACUUUCUUUCCUCAAGCGAAAUUUGGCAGACUGGCAGUUCCGUGAGUUUAUCAAGAAAUUGGUCGUCACAGAGAACACCGCAUUGCAACUGAAACCCAUGCCAUCCGUCGUCAUUGAUCAUGAUGACCGAUCUUCAACUGGGGACAAGGGAGGAAAGAAGGGCGAGUUUAACCUAAGCGUGGACGAUGUUGAUGGAAAGGGACCCUCACUCACCUCGACCCCUGCACCUCCCCCAAUUGGAUUCAUCCAUCAUCCCUACCACCCACCCUCCCUUCCCACAUAUUCUGCAUGUGGGACCAAUGACUGCGAUGACGAAAUCUCACCAACAUCCACGCCGCACAACGGUCUCCAAGGCGGAGACGAUGACGAUUCCUCGAUCGGGAAUACUUCGGUCACAAUGUUGUGCCGAGGUCAAACGACGAUCAAUAUCACACCCCCCGUCAAAAUUAACCGCGCCCUCAUGCGCCAACAACAGAAUCAGACCCAGGCUCAACAGGGAGGAUCGUCACAACAAAGACAGCAACAGUACCACAAUCAAGCUCCAACCGCACCCACAAGUAAAACGAGACGAACGUAGUAGUUGUGUUGGACUUGGAUUUGUGGUACGAGUUCCUUUUAGUUUGCCAUUGUUGCAGCCUAAGUUGUUUUUGUGAUUAUUAUUUGUAACUAUCUCCACACACAUGUUAAGUACACGGCGUCGACAAGCUAGUGAGACUAAUUAAGUAUAAAUUUAGCAAUAUAAUGAUCGUGGUGUUUAUACAAUAGUGUUUAUACAAUGAGGUUUUAUUGCAAUCUGUUUAAACUCUUUCUUGAUCGCAAAGUACAAAAACCAGGAAAGAAUUCUUGUGUAUUGCAAAAAAUGUUGUCAUACUUUAUUUAACGUUAUCAAUUGUAGGCAAAGUGCAUUUUGUUGGAAAAACAAUUGUGUAUUGAUCUCUCAUGUAAAGCAAUAAGUGUCCUAUUCUGUGCUCUGCCUUUUCGCUUACUUUUUAAAACAUUCAAACAAAUGACUAUAUAUAUUUGCCAUAUUAUCAUGUUUUUUUACAAUGCAUUGAUUUUUUGUAUGGCUGCGUAUGUCUUUUUUUAUUUAAUGAAAUUUUUACAUUUAGUGUGGUAAAUGAGACCAAAUGUUGUUCUUAUAAAUACUUCAAUGUUACAUGAAAAGAAAAACAGACCAACUCAUUCAUCUGUCCGCAAUCUUCCUUGACAAGCUCUGCUCAACCGGAAGUGUUCCGAGUUUUUUGUAUUUUUAUAUAUACAAAUAUUUGCUCAAGAGUAUUUAUUUCUUUAGUUUGUAAGUUUUACUUGUACAUAAAUGCAUAUUUUAACUGCUGUUUGUAAAAUAGCGAUUACAAUCAAUCAUUCCUAUAUUUCAUUCCUUUUUUAUUUAUUUAUGUACUUAUAUAUUUUCUUAAAAUGUGACCAUAGUUGUCAAUGCAUGAGGGUCUCAAGAACUAGAGGUCUUUUGUUUUUACUGUGCAAUGCAAACAAGUUUUAGUAGUUGACUGGAUUGUGAUUGUAAGAUAAUUUUUUUUAAUAGUGCCGUGUGAGCACAAGAACGAAAAUUAUGUGUUUGUAAAAAGUGCCCAUUUUUACUUAAAAAGUACUGCAAUUGAAAUACGGUAUUAAAGAUUUGUGCCAUAUCAUCGUCAUCAUGAAAUCAAACGAAAUUCAUUACGUUUUUGGGGGUUUAUAGUGCUUAGUAUUUUUUUAGUUUUUAUUUGUAUGUGGUAGUGGUAUAAGUAGUGAUUAAGUAAUAGAUAAGUAGAUCGAGUAAUAAUAAUAAAUAAUUGUAGUUUCGUACUGUAUAUCACAUCGUUAGUCGUCCAACUAUUUCAAAUUUUUUUAAAAUCAUGAACUGAUUUUAAAAUUGUGUUCCCUUUUUCCUUGUGAUACAUCUGUACAGUGGAGAAAGAGGGUGAAAAAUCAUGUUAAAAUGUGGUUAAUUAUAUGUAGAGUUUCUCAAUCAUUUUCUCGUUGUAUUUUUUAUAAAUUACAAUCGGGUGCACAUAGAUUGAAAAAGUAAAAAAUAAAAAAGUUGGCAUUUGAAAAAAAA